AUGAAUGAGGAGGAAAGAAAUCUAACUACAUGUUAUCCAAUUAUGCAUAAUUCUGUGGAAAUAUUAAUGGUUUUAAGCAGUAUAAAAUCAUCAGAUCAAAGAGAACAAGAAAAUGAUAUGAUUCCCUCGGAAUACAUCAAACAGAUGCUGAUGAGCACUCAAGAAAGGAUCGAGUAUUUACUUAAACCAGGUCGCAGUAUAAACGUACGGUCUUUGUACGACAAUUGCGAAAGCCAAUGCUUUAAAGCUACACCCCGCAUUAUUCUCUUUCAACAAUUCGUUCCUGGUAACAUAUACAAUGCGAUGCUCACAAUUCGAAACAUGACAAAAACGUCACGACACCUGAAGAUCUCGCGCAAUCCCGAUCCCUUCUUUUCCGUAGAAUAUCACGGGUCGAAUUAUAGUACCAUAGUAGCGCCAGGACUCGUCCACGUUUAUAACGUCAGGUUCAAUCCGACGGAGAAACGAGAUUACGAAUAUCGUAUCGAGUUUGUCAACGAUAUCGAAAUCUUCGCGGUGCCGGUUAUCGGUCAAGUUAAUAUUGUUCUAGCUAUCGGCCCGAGACCUAUUCUAGAUAUCCCCGAUCGAAUCGAAAUACCAGCCACCGCGGUAAAAAUUCUCUCCUCGAAGACUAUUUUGAUGCGCAACGUAGGAGAUAUGCCGGCAAUCUUCAAUUUUUGCUCAGAUAAUCCGUAUUUCUCCGUCGAACCGUCAAAAGGCAUAUUAAAAGAAGAAGAAACUAUGCAACUUACUGCGAACUUUUUAUCCGAGAAAUCUGGCGAAUUCAAAGCAAAGCUUUUUCUUAAUUAUGAAUCAGGAGAAAAGCUUUGCUUAACAUUACGAAGCUCAGCGAUAAACUGCACGAUUCGAAUUAAUAGAGGUAGUGUAAGAAUGGAAGAUACUUAUUUAGGUUUGUCUAGAAGCAAGCUCUUAACGAUUCACAAUAGAAGCGACUAUGUCGUGAGAUUUCAAUGGAUGCGUUUCAGGGACAAAAAUGCUGAUCUACAACGAAAGGAAGAAUAUAAAACAUUAUUUGAAUUAGUGCACAAUGUGGAGAUGGUACGUUGUGUCAAUCUUGUUCAUUACAAUAUUUGCCUGCCAGAUAUUCACGAGCUUGUCUGCCAGCGGAUUUACACGGACGAGAUUGCUUCCUUAAUGAAUGAGAAUUUCCACUACAAUCAUAUGUCCUUUCUUCUAAUGCCUGAGAAAGGCGAAAUUUGGCCUCAAUCUUCCGCAGAUAUUACAGUGUUUUUUCGAGCCAUAGAAGUAGGCGAGAUAUCGAGCGUCGCUUAUCUUGAAGUCACAGGUCGCGAGGACAGAAUACCCCUGAGUCUUUACGGAACAGGCAAAGGACCAGUUUUCCAUCUCAAUGUAAUCACUAUCGACGUUAAGAAUAUUUUCCUGUGUUCUGUGCAUAAUUACGAGAUUGUAGCGGCGAAUAAAGGGCAUAUUUGUGGUACGUUAAUUUAUAAAGCAAGACCAACAGAUUUUGGUGGCACUAUUAAUAUUACUCCAUGCACUCUAAUAUUAAAACCAGACGAGUAUAAGUCAUUUAAUUUAUCAUUUACUUCAAAUCGAAAAGGAGACUUUAUAGAGCGAAUCGACUUUGUCGUUAAAGAAAGUUUGGAAAUAUUAUCCUUACAUAUCAACGUAACUGUGAUGGAAGAUGGAGAUCAAACACCUCUGACUUACGAAGAGUUUGCUAUAUCUGAAGCGAAACCAAGUUUCCCGACUAAUCCUCGCGAGUUUACAAUUACUCCACAGAAAGGAGUGGUGCAAGCGCAUAGUUCACUUAAACUGAGAGUGACAUAUACAGCAAACAUAGUUCGAAGUACACGCUCGAAUAUUCGAGUCGACAUGUGGGAUUCUGACUCGGAUCCAGUAAUACUACCGAUAUCAUUUUGUGGUGCGAUUCCCUCUCUAUCGAUUAAGCCUGCAGAAAUUUCUAUUAGAUUUGCUUUCAUCAACUUCCCUUAUGCUCGUUCUAUUAACGUGGAGAACAAUUCUGACUUGGAUGGAUACUUCUAUAUAAUACCGCAGGCAAUAUCCGAGAAUAUACCCAUAGUAUAUUCACUGUCAUCUUAUCAAGGUUUAUUAAAAGCACGACAAUCAAAAACGAUCGAUGCUGCUAUUAUCACCAAAGUUCUGGGAAAACAAACAACUACGUUAAAUAUGCUAACAAUGGGUAAGGAGGCUCCAAUUAUAUCUUGUACGAUUAUAUGUAUUGGUCAAGGACCAGUAGUAUCCGUGCAACCUACGUCUCUCAAUUUCGGAGAAAUACAAGUGCUUCAAAAUCAAGUCAUGAACUUUCGCAUAAUUAACGACUCGCCGAUACCAGCGCAAUUCAAAUUAAUAUCAGUAAAUAUUUUUCGAAUAAAUCGUAAAAAGAAAUCAGCAUGGCUUGUCGAGCCAGCCUCUGGUGAAAUUGAACCGAACGGAUCUAUGGAAAUUGAAGUUAAAAUAUUUUUAUGCGACACUGGUAAAUACAUUGACAAUAUAAUCGUGCAUAUCAUCAACAGUCGAUCAAUUCCCGUUAAUGUAGUUGCGACUGGGAUUGGUUGUAGUAUCGUUUUUGAGCCACAGCUGUUUCCAGUAUUUGACUUGGGUUUUCUCUUUAGGAAGAAGUUUCAGAUUGAACCACUCACUGUAGAAAUUCCAGCUAAUGGUUCUAAUGUAGUUCAAUGUAAAAUAUGUUGGGACGUGUAA